ACUGUAUUGGUUCCAGCACAGUUUAAUGUGCAGACAUAUUAAUAUUUGACUCUUAUUUCCCAGUGCUCUGAUGGAGAAGGAGAUUCUUCUUUUGGCCAAACAAGAGCAACAUCCGUUCCUCACUGGAUUGUUUGCCUCGUUCCAAACAGAGCAUCACGUUUGCCUCGCCAUGGAUUUAGCGGCUGGAGGCGAUUUAACAAAAGUCAUUGAUCAUCCGGAAUUCAACUAUAAAGCAGCAAUAUUUUACUCUUCGUGCAUUGUUCUGGGCUUGGAAUUCCUCCAUGAACACAACGUCAUUCAUAGAGAUUUAAAGCUUGACAAUGUCCUCUUGGAUGCAUCCGGAUAUAUAAAAAUCACAGACUUUGGCCUUUGCAAAAAAGGAAUGGGCGUUGGAGUCUUAACCACAAGCCCUGCUGGAACUCCUUAUUAUACUGCUCCAGAGAUAUUGAAACGGGAGCCCUAUGGAAGAGCAGUAGACUGGUGGUCUGUAGGAGUGAUGCUUUAUUACAUGGUGCUUCACAGGUUCCCCUUUAACGGACUGAACAUGGAGCAUCUGUGUGAAUUUAUCAAGCAUUCGAGGGCGAUUUUUCCACCGAAAGUCCCUGCUGAUUUCUCAUCCACAACAAAAGGACUUUUGGCCAAAUUCCCUGAGAAUCGCCUGGGAUUCAACGGAGCUGAAGAAGUGAAGCAAAGCCCGUUGUUCUGUAAAAUCAAUUUUGAUGGCCUCUUGAAUAAAAAAGUGACACCACCAAUCAUCCCAGCUGUCCAAAGCUCAAGCGAUAAUGACACAAACCUAAUGGUAACUCUGUAUGGGCGUAAAGCAGUUAUACCAGACUCCGUCAGUGAAGCCCUCCAGAACUUUGAUUAUUAUGUUGGCUGAAUGUGAGAAGAGACACUUGAAUAUUAAAGAAAUGCCAUCCGCCCCUCAACCAGGAAUGAAGCAGCCGGCUAAAGGAAGCCUGGGUAAAUAUGGACGUUUGCUUUUGGGAACACUGAUUGUAGAAACAUCUUCAGGAUUAAUAAUGAUCACCCAUUACAGAAGGUGGAGGGUAACAGCUGGGGGAUGUCCCAUAGAUCCCUUUGAAUACUGGUCUUUAGGAUAAGAGAGACUUGAUAGGAUGGUGAUUUAUAGUGAAGGUCACUAUUUCUUCCCAUUAUCCUUCAUGUCCCUUUAUUCUCUCCUCUCUGUUAUUCUUUCCCAUUUUGCUACUUUCUUUUGUGCUUUUUAUGUUAGAAUCUUCUGCUUUCCUUCACCUAUUAUUAUCACAUUAGUUCUCCGCUCUUGUUCUCCAGGCUGCCAUAUUUGUAAGAAACAUUCAGAAUGCAUUAUUUAUUUAUUUCUGUUUAAUCUUAACA